AUGUUCUCAAUACGGUUGAACUAUGGUGGAGUUUUUAUGAAGUUUACAGGCCGAAAAUACAUAAAGGGGAAGAUGAAAUAUAUUGACGGCAUUGAUAGUGACUUGUUCUCGGUGCAUGAUAUGGACAAGAUAAUGGAAUUGCAUGAUUGUGUGGAACCAGGUAAAAGUAUUUACUAUCAUUUCAAACGACCAACCUGGGAUUUAGAUUUUGGGUUGUAUGCUUUGGGCUGUGAUGAAGAUUUAAACCACUUUAGGUCAUACGUUUAUGAACACAAGGUGAUAGAAGUGUAUACAGAGUUUUGGGAAACCAAGCUACAUACAUAUAAAAUGUCCCCAAACCCUGCAAAGAUAAAGAUACACGAAAUUCCUGAGUCCCUUUGUUGUAAAAGCUUGUUAUUGACAUGGUCAAAUUCAGGGGAUUGUCCUAGUGAAGAAGCCCCUGUUUUUUAG